GGACCACCAAGGUCACCAGGACCACCAGGGCCACCAGGGCCACUGGGGCCACCGGUGUCACCGGGGCCACCGGAGUCACCAGGGUCACCAGUGCCAUCAGGGUCACCAGGGCCAUCGGGGUCACCAGGACCACCAGUGCCAUCAGGGUCACCAGUGUCACCAGGGCCACCAAGACCACCAAGGUCAUCAGGGCCAUCAGGGCCACCAGUGUCACCAGGGCCACCAGUGUCACCAGGGCCAUCGGGGUCACCAGGACCAUCGGGGUCACUGGGGUCACCAGGGCCACCGGGGCCACCAGGGCCAUCAGGACCACCAAGGUCAUCG